AUGGGUGACAACGAAGCCCCAGCUAGGAGAGUCGUCGCAGACUACGCCAGGCCGAACGCGGCCAAUGCUCGUUCCAGCAUUACCCGACCCGCUAUCGGAGUUAAUCGCUGGCAGAUUCCACCGCAGAUCAUCACGAUGGUUACGAACACCAUCCAGUUCCACGGGUUACCUUCUGAGGACGCGAAUGUCCAUCUCUCGCGCUUUUCAGCUAUCUGCGAUACGUUCCAGGAGCAAGGUGUCACCGAGGAUGCCUGCAAGCUGCGCCUAUUUCCAUUCUCGCUCGCUGACCGCGCUCAUGCUUGGUUGGAAUCCCUUCCUGCGGGAUCCAUCACUACCUGGGCCGGUAUGAAAGAAAAAUUCUUAGGCAAGUACUUUCCCCCUUCUAAAACCGCUCGUCUAAGGAGCAUGAUUCAAGAGUUUCGCCAAAAGGAGGGAGAGUCGUUCUACGAGACAUGGGAGUGUUUCAAGGAGUUACUACUCAAGUGUCCUCAUCAUGGAUUCGAGGAUUGGGCUUUAGUUGAGAGUUUCUAUCAUGGAGUGACGCCCACUACGAGGAAUAUGUUGAAUACUACUGCUAGUGGCAAUCUGCUGACCGCCAAGACACCUGAUGAGUGCAUGGAUAUGUUCGAGGAUAUAGCGAUGAGUAGCUACGAGUUUCCUGAGUCUAGAGAUUCAUCCACCACACAUAGAGGAGUGCACAAGGUCAAUGAGGUCACCAGGAUGCAAGCACAGAUUGACGCUUUGCAAAAGCAGGUGGGUGAUAUGAAGGUACAGAAGGAGCAGCUAUGCGAGAUAUGCACUGGUAGGCAUGACACGACCGUGUGUCCUAUUGCUCCUACUGAGACACCAGAGCAGGUAGAGUUUGUGGGUAAUCGAAAUCAAGGAAAUUUCUGGGAGCGUUACAAUUCGAACUGGAAGAAUCACCCGAAUUUCAGCUGGAAGAACAACAACCCACCGAGGUUUCAGCCGCGUCAGAGUUUGUUUCAGGACGCAGGAGCAGGAUCGAGUUCAGGUGCGACUAACUCGACAUUAGAGGAGAUGCUAAGGAAGAACCAGGAGACGUUAGCUCAGCAGACUCAGCUGCUUACACAGUUCAUCACGCAGGGGGAUGCUCGACAUCGGGAGACACAGGCAAGGUUCUUGGAGCACGAGACUUUCAUGAAAAAUCAGAGCGCAGCAUUCCAAAACCUUGAGAGGACUGUAGGUGAGAUGUCACAGAAGUUGAAUCAGAGACCUCCUGGUGGUCUCCCCAGUAGCACUAUUGCGAACCCGAAUGCCACUGCGAAAGCUGUUACUACAAGAAGUGGUCGAGGAGGUGUAGAGGUCAAGCCGGUAGUCGAUGAGGACCCGGAGGUCGACGAGGAGAUUGAGAUGGAGACACCGGCUGGCAAAGUGCACGAGAGGCUGCGCCCAGCAAGUACAUCACAGUCCAGCGGGUCUUCAGGAGAGAAGAAGGAGGCAGGGAAGGAGCCGAUGAGGGUGUAUAAGCCAACACCCCCUUACCCAGGUCGAUUAAUAAAGGCUAAGGACGCAGAGCAGUACGGAAAGUUCCUCGAGAUGUUGAAGAAGCUGCACGUGAAUAUUCCAUUCGUAGAGGCUCUGUCGAAGAUGCCGAAGUACACAAAGUUUCUCAAGGAUUUGCUCACGAAUAAGAAGAAGCUGGAGGACCUUUCUAUUGUCACACUGAGCGAGGAGUGUUCUGCCAUCUUGCAGAACAAGCUGCCGAUGAAAGUAUCUGAUCCUGGUAGCUUCACCAUUCCGUGUCUGAUCGGAAAUCUCAUCGUCAGCAAUGCGCUAGCAGACCUAGGUGCAAGCAUAAAUCUUAUGCCGUAUUCCAUCUUUGCUAAGCUCGAUCUAGGUGAGCCAUCUCCUACGCGCAUGAGCCUUCAGUUGGCUGAUCGAACAGUGAAGUUCCCAAAAGGGAUUGUGGAGAAUAUGUUAGUGAAGGUCGACAAAUUCGUAUUCCCAGUUGACUUCGUCAUCCUUGACAUGGACGAGGACUCUGAGGUCCCACUGAUUUUAGGACGUCCAUUCCUUGCCACUGCACGAGCCCUCAUUGACGUGUACGACGGCAAGUUGACUCUUCGAGUUGAUGAGGAUAAGGUCACAUUCGACAUUCAGCAUUCCAUGAGGCAUACCCAGCAGCAUGAUGACACUCUAUUUUUUAUCGAUAAUCUUAUGUCACAUGUGGGUAGCCUCCUCAGCGAGAUUUGCGGGAGAGAUGCGUCUGAUACGCAUGUUGCGAGUGUGGAUGAUCAGGGGAGUGGGGUCACUGAGUUGGAUGUUAAGCAGGACCCUCUGCCGCAGGCUACCGAGCCUUCCCCUAGAUUUGAGGUGUUUGAGGUCGUCAAAGAAGAAGAGAAAAUGGCUGACGAGUUUGAUAGCUGGCCCGUGAAGGAAGCAGAUGUUGGAUUCCCACUCACACCCACAAGAACACGGGAGAAGGCACAAAGAAGCUUGGAUCAACAUGUUGUAACGGUGCGGAGAUGGUAUAAAAAGAAGGAGGAACCACUUAAGUUUGCAGAACACCACUCUCCUCAUUACAUGCCACGAAUCAAGUUUGGUCCAGGUUUGGAUAUGUACUACCCGUACUCAAUCUCCAUUCGGGUGAUUUCGGAGUUGUACACCAAUUUCAAGGAAGUUACCAAGUGUACUAGUCAGAGUCAAAGCUGA